UUGUUAAGAAUUUCAUAUAUUUUUUUGUGGCUCCUCCUUCACCGUUCAUUCACUGCUUUAUUUAUCUCUUAUUUCUCCUUCUCCUCAUCUCCUCCCCCGCAUCACCGUCGUGCUUUCCCUCACGGCGGUAAGCUUACGUGAUCCCUCGACUUCUAGGAGAUGAUGAGCAUUGUUUCAAGUCAUCACCAUCAUUGUCAACCAUCGUUUACACACGAACAACGAUGCGGUAUAGGAACACUUUCUAAUAAGGUUCCUUACUCCGGUCCCUGUUUCUCCGGAAGAUUGGCUUUCUCGCAUAGCCUCUGCUUGAAGAGUUCUUGUAAGGAGCAAACUGGUAGUAGGAGAAGGUUUUCAAGAUUUUGCAGUGUUGCGGAUGACGGCAUGAAUCCAGAUAGUUCGGAUGACGAGGAAAAGGAAUCACUCGAUGAUAAAUCUAAAAGGGAAGCGAACGAUAUGAACCGGGCAAAUCUUGAAAGAAUGGUUGGGUCGGAUGAUUCUGCGUUUAACGGCUUAGAUCUUGCAACACUCAUCAGGCAGAAGUAUGGAAGAUCUUAUGAUGUUCAGCUCAUCAAGAAGGAGUUCAUGGGGAGGAAUCUUCUUGCAAUGAAUGUCAUGUGGAAGUACAGAGAACAGAGGUCUUUUCCUCUAACCGAAGAAGAAUACAUAUUAAGACUUGACGAUGUAGCAAACAUGUUGAAAUGCUGGGGAGCGGUCUCGCAUAUCCGUAACAGCCUAGCAAAGUCCAAAGAGCGACCCAGGAUAGGGAAGGCUGUUAGCAUUUUCAUAGACAUGGAUUCAACAGGUGGACGAGCAAACGAAUGGAUUUACAAGUAACAAAAGCGACCGGUUUACAAAUCCUAAACCAAAGAAAGCAAAAAAAAAAAACCUUUUGUAUCUAAAAAUAUAGUCAUCAGAUUCACUUUCAAAAGCUCUUCUGUGAUAGUUAUUUGCAGUUUGUGCUACAUUUGAUGUCUCAAAUCAUGUAUUACAUGUGUGUAUAGUUUAAGUAGACACAAAUCUCUA